AUGCCGCAAAACUGCGCUUUCCUCAAUUGUCCACACAGUAGACGAUACGAGGGGAUAAGUUUAUUUCGAAUACCUUUUCCAAAGUCGUCGGACUCCGAGCACACAUCACUGCUUAAACUCGAGGCUAGAGAAGCUUGGAAGACUGCCAUUCUUCGUACAAGACAAGAAACAAGUGAUCUAAAGGAAAGGUUUGUGAAGCACAAUAUUUUCCUUUGUGAAGUUCACUUUGAGCAAGAUUGCAUCGAAUCAUUUCCCUUCACUGAUGCACACGGUGAUGAGAAAAUACGAAAAAGGCUUCAGACUGGAUCUGUUCCCACAUUAAAUUUGCCAGUGAAAACAUUGGAUAGUCUGCCUGGAUCUUCAACACCACAGCAAAGAAGGACUAUUGUUCGUCAUGAUGCGCCAUCUACAAGUACAGCUUCGGCGUCUCGUGCCGAUAAAACUCCAUCAUUCGACGAUUUGAAAACGUAUUUUAAACGCGAGUAUUUGUACUUGCAUGGCUGGACUGUGAACGUUUCGGACACCAACAUAAUCGUUGAAAUGCGCGAGCAAGGAUAUCUUAUCCCAAAAUAUUACAUACAAAUCGAAGAAACUUUAGAAGUAACUGUGUCUGUUUAUGGAGCUACAGUGCCUGACACAUCUGCAUUAUUUCCAACGGGUAUCUCGCGCCUAUUAUGUAAAUACAAGGACUUGCACGAUCUGUUGUGUGGUCUUGAGAUCUGCUGUGGAAUUUCCCUUAUUUCCGUCGAGCCGGAACAACGCGUUUCCGAUGAAACCUUUUUGCAUGUUAUCCCGUUAGUUGCCGCGAAGCAACAAUCUCCAGUGAAUUACUGCCAAGUAAGAAGAUCUUUAAAGUGUGAGGUACUUGUUGAACAAGGAACUAAUAAGUGUAGACCUUGUUGUAAAAUUGAUGAGAAAAUGAAAAAGGAAGCUAAUCCUGUGGUUCAUACAACUGUAUAUGGUCCUGUGACUCCUGUCUCUCCUGCAAAACGUAAAGCACCACUAAGCAAAUGUUCGUCCGCUAAACUACAGGCAACAGUAAAAGACGAAAGACUGAAAUUGAAAGAGGCCGAACUGAAAUGCACACAGCUUGAAGAGCGAAUUAAAAGAAUGGAAGAAGAGAUCAGCUCCCAUGGUGUAAGGAUUGAUGAUGAGAUGAGCAAAUCAUUUCUAUCAAUCUUAGACCAAACCAAUUUGCAAACUACCCCGCACAUGAGACUAGUAUUCGAACAGCAACAGAAGGCAAUGAUGACAAACAAGUAUAGUCAAAGAUGGCAUCCGCAUUUUAUCGAGUUCUGCCUCUCAAUACAUGCAAAGUCAUCAUCCGUGUACAAUGAAUUGAGAAAGAGUGAACAGAAUCCAGAUGGUAUUCUUUAUUUGCCCCAUGAAAGAACAUUACGAGACUAUCGUAACCACUUCAAACCAGGUAGCGGUUUUGUGUUGGGGAACAUUGAGCUGCUAAAGUCGAUUGUAAAGACCUAUGAAGGUAUUAUGUUUAUUCUUCUAGUAACAUAUUAA